AUGAAGAGUCUGAUCGUACUCGUGGCUUGCCUUGUCCUCUCAGAGGCAAUGGUCAGGGUUCCUCUGAAGAAGUUUAAGUCUCUUAGGCAGACCCUGAGGGAACAGGGUAUCCAUCUACCCUACACUGAUCCAGCCCUCAAAUACCAGCCUCCUGAGAUUCUGGCCUCCACCACUAUCGAACCCAUAACAAACUACGCUGAUUCGUCCUACUAUGGUGUUAUCAGUGUUGGCACACCUCCCCAGUCCUUCCAGGUCCUUUUUGACACCGGCUCUUCCAAUCUGUGGUUUGACUCUUCGUACUGCAACUCGCAAGUAUGCACUUCACACACCCAGUUUAACCCUCAGCAGUCCUCGACAUACCAGAGCACCUCCCAGACCUUCUACCUGCCCUAUGGAGCUGGCACUCUUACUGGAGUGUUCGGUUAUGACACUGUCACUCUGUCUGGCAUUCAGGUCCCUAAUCAACAGAUUGGACUCAGCACACAAGAAGGCAACAACUUUGCAUCGGUUCAGUUCAGUGGAAUCCUUGGUCUGGCCUACCCAGCUCUCGCUUCUGGUAAUGCCGUGCCUCUGGUAGAUAACAUGAUGCAGCAGGGUCUGCUCGAGCAAAACCUGUUCGGAGUCUACCUGAGCGGGAAUGAGCAAUCUGGCAGUGAGAUUGCAUUCGGUGCUGUGGACACCAAUAUGUACAGUGGUCAGCUCUACUGGACACCAGUGACUGCUGAGACCUACUGGCAGAUUGGCAUUCAAGAGGUCUCAAUCGGAGGACAGCAGACUGGUUGGUGCUCUCAGUACAGUGGCUGCCAGUGUAUUGUUGACACUGGUACCUCCAGCCUCACUGCCCCCAGCAACUUCCUGUCUUCCCUGAUGCAGUCUAUUGGAGCACAGCAGGACAGUUCCGGCCAGUACGCUGUGGACUGUAGCCAGGUGAACAAUCUCCCAACUCUGACCUUCACCAUCAGCGGAGUGAACUUUCCUCUUCCUCCUUCUGCCUACAUCGAGAAUGAGGGUGGCUACUGCACAGUAAACAUCCAACCCACCUACCUGCCUGCUCAGAACAACCAGCCUCUCUGGAUCUUUGGCGACGUCUUCCUCAGGGGUUACUACUCUGUCUACGACCGCGCAAACAACCAAGUUGGGUUUGCUCAGGCUGCUUAA